UUCUAAAUCAUCGACACGAUCACUGUCACAUCAUAAAACAAAACAACCACUCACACAACUCCUCUUCUCUCAACACAACAGCUUCUCUCCACUUUUUUGCAAUCUCUUCCUUCAGACACACUUCACUCUUACUACUGCAGCUACUAGAGUAUAAAAUGGAAAAUGGAGAUCAGUUUCAGCAAUCAAAGGCCAAAUAUGAUUGCCUUUUAUUUGAUCUUGAUGAUACUCUUUAUCCUUUGAGUUCUGGAUUGUCAGCUCAUGUGACAAAAAAUAUUCAAGAGUACAUGCUUCAAAAGCUUGAGAUAAAAGAGGAUAGAGUUCCUGAAUUAUGUGUUUCUUUAUAUAAGAUUUAUGGGACAACGAUGGCAGGUCUCAAGGCAAUUGGCUAUGACUUUGACUAUGAUGACUUUCAUGGGUUUGUUCAUGGGAGAUUGCCAUAUAAUAUGCUAAAACCUGACCCUGUUCUUAGGGGAAUUUUGCUAAGUCUGCCCUUUCGAAAAAUUGUUUUUACAAACUCGGACGAUGCACAUGCAAAUAGAGUGCUUCAAAGGCUUGGACUAGAGGAUUGUUUUGAGAGAAUCAUAAGCUUUGAGACACUAAAUUCCUCCAAGUCCAAUAACAUCAAUUCUCCUCACAACAAAGAUAGCAAUGAAUAUAAACAAAGUUCCACAGAAAUAUUUGAUUUUUAUGAGUACAUUUGUAGGCCUGAUGCUAAUAUUGUGCUUCCAAAGACCCCAGUUGUUUGUAAACCCUUUCAAGAUGCAUUUGAAAAGGUUUUUAAGAUGGCAGACAUUGACCCUCAAAGAACAUUGUUCUUUGAUGACAGUAUCCGCAAUAUACAGACAGGCAAAUCCUUGGGCCUUCACACAGUCUUGGUGGGUACUUCCCUUAGAACUACAGGAGUGGAUCAUGCCUUGGAGAGUAUCCAUAAUAUGAAGGAAGCAUUUCCAGAACUAUGGGAAGCAGAUGAGAAGAGUAAAAUUGUCAAGUAUUCUAGAAAGGUUGCAAUUGAAACAUCAGUUAAAGCUUAACUUAUAUACAUUUGUGGUGCCUAAUAUUGUCUUGGCAUCUGACUCUGACUAAUGUACUUUUUAUCAGAAUACUAAUAACUGAUAUAUUAAUUAUAUAAAUAAAUGAGUUUUUUUUAUUA